AUGCAUUAUUUCAACGUGGUGCUCUGUUUAUUCGAACCAUUCGUCACCACGAGCCAGUCAGAUAAAGAGAAUGAUGAGGAUAAGGUGGAAGGGGAAAGCCCAGAGCAGGUCUUGCUAAAUACCAAAAUCCGACUUGAAACCGUGUGGAGAUUAUACUAUCUUCGCCACGGGUUCGACUCCUACGACCCUUUCAUGCUGCAAGUUCUAAUUGUCCUCGGCUUCAUGAGCUGCAAAGCUCUCUCUGGAUCAGGGCUGCUAUUGCAGCAGGCGGAGUUGUUUCGGUCGACCAUGGUGCUCGCCGGCAAGGGCAUGUAUUGCCAUGCGAAGAACUGCUUUCUUGCGGAAACGACCUUUCGCCUAUUUCGACACACAUUAGGGGCAGAAAAUGCCCGACUUCUCAAGGACUAUGGCGAUAUUAUCGACGAGGACAGUCAGGAGAAGAAAGAGGCGAUUGCCAAUCAGGUCCGUUCCCAAUUUCCAAUCAACAUUGUGAACAUCGCGGAGAGCCCUGAGAAUUACAGGGUGGAUAAUUUGAUCGCUGCUUUCCAAGAGGCGGGAUUAUGGGAUGACACGGAAGAGGAGGUGUUGAAUUGA